CACGCACUGUCGAUUGUUUGGCAGCUCUAAAAGAAAGGAGGAAAAAAAACCUAGAUAAUAAUAAAGCAGAGAAAAGAGAAAAGCAUCGGUUAUAUUGGAUCGGAUCGGAUAUCGGAAGCAUCCAGUGACCACUGACCACUGACCAAAUGGGUAACUUUGUGAGCAGGCAAAAUGCGGCAGUGGAGGAGGCGGAUCCGAGCACUAACAAUGCCUACAAAUAUCCACCGAGAAUGGGCAACUUCUUUGGCACCCACUUCAUUAUGGGCGGGGAGCGCUUCGACACGCCCCAACCGGAAUCGUACUUGUUUGGCGAGAAUGCGGAUCUGAAUUUUUUGGGCAAUCGGCCCACGGCCUUCCCGUAUCCACCGCCGCAGGCCAACGAACCGACCAAGACCCUGAAAAGUCUGGUCAACAUUCGCAAGGAGUCGGUGCGUUUCGUGAAGACCCUGAACGACAAGAAACUGGGCACUGGCGUGGUGGACAAGCCCAAGAUGAAGGAAAUCGACAGGGAUCUGGAUCUGGACAAGGAGAAGUCCAAUGUGACCAUCGAGGAUGUGGACGGCAAUGUGCUGUGCUCCAUGGGCCUGGGUGGCGGUGAUGCCGAUAUGACGCCACCACCGCCACCGUGCUCGUACAACAUCGAGUUCACCUUCGACUCGGACGCCAAGUGCGCCAUUACCAUCUACUACUUUUGCUCGGAGGACGUCAGUCCCAGCGGCGUGACGCUGGUGCCGCGCGAGGGCCUCACCUCAGAGACGUACCACUACGAGAAGGGCAUCAAUCAGUGCUUCUCGCAGCCGGGUCACGUCUUCAAUCCGCAGCAGAUGCCCGAGGACGAGCUGGGCUACAGCCCCGGCCGGGAACAGUACCCAGUGGCCAUCCACUGUGUGGUGGAGGAGGGCAGCGACGAGUGCCGCCAGUCGCACACCACCAUCUGUGUGAUCGACCAUCAUCCGGAGAACGGCAGCUAUGUGCUGCGCGCCCUCAAGCAGAAGAUCUUCGUGGAUGGCCUGUGCUAUCUGCUGCAGGAGAUCUACGGCAUCGAGAACAAGGCGGUGAAUAAGACAUCCCUGGACGAGGAGAUCGACGAUCAUGGCAGCGAGUGUGUCAUCUGCAUGAGUGAGACCAGGGACACGCUGAUCCUGCCCUGCCGUCAUCUCUGCCUGUGCAAUUCGUGUGCGGACUCGCUGCGCUACCAGGCCAACAACUGUCCCAUCUGUCGGGCCCCGUUUCGAGCUCUGCUCCAGAUCCGGGCUGUCCAGAAGGGUAUUAGCACGCAUGUGCUGCACCAGAACACGCCCACAUCGACGGCCGGGGAGCCGGCGCCGGUGGACGUGCCGCCGGGCUACAUUCCCGUCUCGCUGAUCGAGGCGCUCAACGGACCACCGCAGUAUGUGGCCAGGGCCAGGACCAGUGAUCACGACAUCACAGACUCCGCCGCCACAGUGGCCGCCUCGACAAUGACCAGUGCCGACAUCAAGGCCACCUCGCCCAUCAAGUCCAGCAGCCAGCGUCGGCCGAAGAUCAAGAAGAACGCCUCGACAUGCACGUCGACCAGUGAGGUGGGCACCAUUACCAACCAAUCGGGCGGCAAUGCCAACGGCUCAUCCACACACUCCGUGGAGAUCGAAAGCGAUCCGAAGAAGUCUAGCGCGGCCACCUGUACUUCGCCCACUUUGGGGGCAUCCACGUCGCCGGAUGCCAAACAGGACAAGCUGCAGAUCGUCAAUGAGCGCAAGUAUCCCAGAUCCACGGCUGGAUCCGGUGGCGAUGGCUCUGCCGGCACCGACGACGAUGUGGACAGCGAGAACGAGAAGCUAUCGCCGUUGCUUUCGCCCGGCAGCAAGAGCAAGAACAUGUCUAGCAAAUCGCUGAAGCAAGUGGUCGCCUGUCUGGAGGCAGAUGAAGUGGAUAAGAAUGGCGGUGGUGGCGCAGGUGGCGGUGGCGGUGGCGGUGGCGAUACCCCAAGCGAGGAGUCUAGCCUCAAAAUGGCCUCCUCGCUGAAGCGCUCCAAACCGAGGCCAGAACUUAGCGGUGGCGGGGCAUCUUCGCCCGCCGAGGCCACGGCCGAGGAUUCGGAUUACUACACGCCGGAGGAUACUCAGAACUCGAUAUUGAGCCCAUUGUGCCCCACGGAGCGGGCCAAGAGUGGUGAUCCAUUGGGCGCGGGAGUCUGCGGCAAUGGCGGCUUGGGCGUGGGCAGGAGUGUGGGAUCGGUGGGCGGACCAACUGGAGUGGGACCAGUCGUCGUCGGCUUCAGCAGUGCGGUGAAGAAGAACCUGCACAAGAAGUCCACCUCGGUGGGCAACAUGGUGGGCUCCGGUUCGGUGACAACGGUCGUCGAUUUGAAGUCCAACAACGUGAGCUCCCUUCCAGACAUGUUGGACAGCCCGAUCAGCGGAAACUCGGCCUCAACGCGCAGCUCCAGCGACAGCUACUCCUCCAGCUCGUCCACCAAACAGCUGCUCAGCUCCAAUCCGACCACCACGGCGGCCAACAUCAUUGUGGAUGACAAGACAGCUCUGCAGAAUGCCGUCAAUGUUUAGUGCCGGUCUCAGUUGAAUUUCGCGGAAUUUUAGCGUUUCGUUUUCUCGUUUUUAGCCUUGCGUUUACUCUAUUUAUUCGUAGACACAUAGAAUUAGUUAAAUCAAUGCUGCUUCCCCCCGCCCGCAGGAAAAAUUUAAUUUGAGCAUGAGAUAAGGAUAAGGAUGGUCAGGAUGAUAUGAUGAUAUGAUGAUGAUGAGCAGGAGAAUGGCCACCAGGACAAAAACACUUAACCAGUAUACAGUAUACACACACCAUACACACACACACACACACGGAAUGACAGACACGUCCCGCAUGCAUGUGUACGUAGUUUAAUCUAGCAUAAUGGCUUGGGUAUAUAACAAAUAAAUUAAAUCAAAUAAACAAAGGCGCCUAGGGCGCUGCAUUCCACAAUAUAAA